CAAUAUUUGACAAUGACAGAAUAUAAUAUUUGUUUUUGUCUGUUGUUUAUUUCCAUUCCGUAUACCAUCUCCAUCAAACUUCCAACUUCUCAAAGAGAAUAUCCUUAAACAUCCAAGAAUUUAUGAUAUAAUUUUGCAAUAUCAACUCCGAAUUAAAUACCAGAAAGAUGACUGCUCCAACAGGCGCCGGUGAUUCGAAUAAAGGACGAUCUGUGGCCUUUAAGGAUAAGAGCAAACCCGCCGAUGUUAGAACCAGCAACAUUAAUGCCGCAAAAGCUGUAUGUGAUGCCAUUCGUACGAGUUUGGGACCUAGAGGAAUGGACAAAAUGAUCCAAUCAGGAAAUGGAGAAGUAACUAUCACCAAUGAUGGAGCAACCAUUCUAAAGCAAAUCAAUGUUAUACACCCUGCAGCAAAAAUGCUGGUAGAAUUAUCAAGAGCCCAAGAUGUGGAGGCUGGAGAUGGCACAACAUCUGUUGUAGUGAUAGCUGGAGCUUUAUUAGAUGCUGCAGAAAAACUUCUGCAUAGAGGCAUCCAUCCAACAGCUAUUUCAGAAUCUUUCCAAAGGGCAGCAGUACUUGCUUUAGAUAUUUUGGAUGGCAUUUCCACUCCUGUUGAAAUCACAAACAGGGAGUUGCUGAUAAAAUGUGCCUCAACUUCUCUCAAUUCCAAAGUUGUAUCACAACAGUCCAGUCUUUUGGGACCAUUAGCAGUAGAUGCUGUUCUGAAAAUAGUUGAACCAGGCAUGUAUCAAACACCCUUGUGUAGAGAACAAGCUUGCAAUUUAUCAGACAUUAAAGUAAUCAAACAGUUGGGUGGGACUGUGGAGGAUACAGAACUCAUUGAUGGAAUUGUUUUCCCUCAAAGAUCUUCAAAUGUAUCUGGGCCAAAGCGUAUUGAAAAAGCUAAAAUUGGUUUCAUCCAGUUCUGCAUUUCCCCUCCUAAAACUGAUAUGGAUCACAAUGUAGUGGUAUCUGAUUAUGCUGCUAUGGACAGAGUACUCAAAGAAGAAAGGACUUACAUUCUCAAUAUUGUUAAACAGAUCAAAAAGGCAGGGUGCAAUGUCCUCUUAGUCCAAAAAUCUAUCUUGAGAGAUGCUGUGUCUGAUUUGGCUUUGCACUUUUUGGAUAAAAUCAAGUGCAUGGUCAUCAAGGAUAUUGAAAGAGAAGAUGUUGAGUUUGUUUGUAAAUCUCUGGGAUGCAGACCCAUAGCAUCUCUGGAUCAUUUUGUUGCUGAAAAUUUGGUUGGUGCUGAUCUGGUUGAGGAAGUGGGGGUGGCAGGAAACAGGAUGGUCAAGAUAACUGGUGCCCAGAACGCGGGCCGAACCAUCACCCUACUGGUCAGAGGGUCCAACAAGCUGGUGCUCGAAGAGGCGGACAGAUCGUUGCACGACGCCCUCUGCGUCAUCCGGUGCCUGGUGCGCAAGAGGGCGCUGAUAGCGGGCGGGGGCGCGCCCGAGAUCGAGGUGGCGUUGAAGUUGGCGGCGCAGGCGCAAAAGUUGGACGGCGUCGACGCGAUAUGCACGAGGGCGUACGCCAACGCGUUGGAGAUCAUUCCGUUCACUCUGUCGGAGAAUGCCGGACUGAACCCGAUUCAGACUGUUACAGAGUUGAGAAAUCGUCACGCUCUCGGAGAGACGUCAGCUGGAAUUAAUGUCCGAAAAGGUUGCAUUACUGAUAUUUUGGAAGAAAAUGUCGUUCAACCUCUCUUAGUCAGCACAUCUGCCUUGAGCUUUGCAACAGAAACAGUGAGAUCUAUUUUGAAAAUUGACGAUAUUGUCAAUACUAUGACAUAAGAUCUGGACGUUCCAAGAGUAUUAAUUUAUUAAUCGUACUUUGAUUGAACCGUUCAAUCGAGAGAAAUUAAUCACGCUUUCAUUAAUCAUUACAUUUCUUGUCAGUGUUAAUCUAUUAGUUCUUCAAUAAAUCGUUAACAAUGCGAAAUGUCUACUAAAAAUUUGAAAUUAAUCCGUAUCUGAGAUGUUUUGUGCUC